CUGUGAAUUCGACGACCAAAAGCCUUCUCCCUAUGAUACGUGGACCGACCUCCUUCCUAAUCCUAUGAAAUCGAAACAAAAACUUAAACUCAAAGCCCGCCCCUCUAGGUUUCUUUCGCAGGGUUUUUUUUGCUGACUAGUUUUUGAACCCUUGUCCCUAGCAAGAAUCAUCUCACUGUAUACAACCAAGCUAGUCUCUCUCACUACAUUCUUUUGCUUCUGUUUGUUUUUUCUCCCGUUGGAACCAUGAGCAACACACAAAGUUCUAGUUCUGGGUGUUUUUCGGCCGUUGUCCGCCGGCUUCUUUGUUCAGGGAGUCCUCAGACACAUCCAUCGGAGGACAUUAAAGAGUCAACUACAAACGGGUUUGUUGGUGAUGAAGCUAAGGUUCAAGUCAAAGCUUCUGAAAGUGGUCCUGGAAUUGUGGCGAGGCUAAUGGGGCUAGACUCAUUGCCAGAGAAAAACUGGGUUCAGAAAGGUAACAAUCCAGGCCCUGUUACACGGAGCAGGUCAGUCAAUUUCAUGGAUUAUAUGCUGGAGUUUGAUUUGGCAAAUGCCAAGCACCGCCGUGUGAAAACAUCAGCGUCGUUUCGUGAGGUACCGCAAGGUCCGCAACUGUUGCAGCAUAAUCAUAAUCAUGAUUUCUUGGUUGUGUACUUGGAUAGUGCGGAUAAAAGUAAUGAAGCAGGGCUUAAGCCGAGGAAAUCUGAGAAAGGAGAUGGAUCAAGUAGUAAGCAUGAUAAGCAAAAGGAGAAUUUGAGAGAGAAAGUAGCUUGUAAGGGGGAGAAUCAAGAGAAAAACAAGAAGAUAGCUAAGCUAAAGAAUGAGCGGAGGAGAGUCUCUGGUCAACAUUCUUUGAAGGCUGGUAGCUGCAUUAGUGGAGCCAAGGAUGUUCAGAUUAAUCGUGGUGCCAAUUCAAAGGCAAAACGUCCCUUGAAGAUGGUAAAUCAAAAGGAAGCGUCUGUUCUGACAAGGAAGAAAAAGAAUCAACGUGAACUGAAGAAAGUUGAGUACUCUGAGAAUAACUCAGAGGGUUCAAGCCCUGUUUCUGUCCUCAAUGUAGAUGAUUUUACUGCCCACCAAGAAAAUGGCAUUUCAGCAGAGUCAAGGUCCUUGGAACUGAAGUCAGAGAAGAAAUGGUCAUCAAAGUCAGUGAAACAUGACUCCCCUGCUAUGAAUUUUAGUGCUCGCAUUUCAAUCACUGAAGGUCUUGGAAAGCAGGAAUAUACUAAAAGGAAUUUCGAGUCAACGGGUAUCGAGGAGACUGAGUAUUACAUGGAGUUGGUGGGAAAGCCUUGCAAGUUGACAGAAGAAGAUAUAAAAUUCUCAAAUUGGAUAGAACCCAAGACGGUUUUCACGUUUGAGGACUUUGAAGAUAUCUGUGCGGAGUUUGGGGAGCAAUUACUUGAUCUCAUGAUGCACCAGGUAGCAGAUGAACUUGUGGGAUUUCACAUGCAAAUCACUGGCUUGUAAAGCAGAGUUGUUCCAUGCAAAAUCUCUAACUGGUAAACCCUGAAAAUAACAUUUGAAGGGGGAAAUCUCGUGUGAAAGGAGUCCGCCGACUUUGAUUACAGGACCAGUUGUCUCCGCAAGCAGAUUGCAGCAAGGAUCUAGUGUCACGUGGCGUACGGAUGUGUAGGAAUAAUGUGAUCCAUGUUCAGUAAUAAAUUAGUAAUAGAUUCCUUUUGGUCAAAAAAUGUUUCCACUCUGUUACCUGUGGGUUUCAUACUGCAGCUUUAGGCACAGAAUGUACAUUUUCCACUCUUCCUUGUGGUUGAGUUCGACAUUGAUUUGCGAGUCAUUUUUUUAUGUCUAAAAUUUCCCGGGGUCUUAAUUUGAAGCUGCCAAGUGAUGGAUUUUGCA